AUGUCAUCGGGCCCACGGGUGUGGUACACAGCUCACCGCCAGAGCAGCUCCACAGCCACGGUGCCCAGAUCCCCUGGCUCAGUUGGAAGCCCCAGAUCCCCCGGUACUCCUGGCUCAGAGAAGGUGGCCUCCCCACUGGAGUGUUCCAUCUGCUUCUCAGGCUAUGACAACAUCUUCAAGACACCCAAGGAGCUCUCCUGUUCUCAUGUCUUCUGCCUUGAGUGUUUGGCUAGGCUGGCAGCUGCCCAGCCUGCAGGCCGUCCUGGCAGAGAAGCUGUACCCUGCCCGUUCUGCCGGCAGCCCACCGCUGUGCCUGCUGCUGGGGCUCCUGCACUGCGCACCAGCCGUCAGCUGCAGGCCAAGAUGCCAGUGCACUUGCAGAGAGAGGAGCCCGUGUGGCUUGAGGGCACCAAACUGUGUUACCGCCCUUUGUCCACCACGUCUGGCCAAGAGGCCAGUGACUUUGUGUGUGUAGAGGUAGGCCUGAGCAAACCAGCGGAACCCACACUACCUGCACCUGUCCCGGCCCCUCCUGAACCCAGGAGAGGCUGGCUGGCCCGCUGCUGGACACGGUUUGGAGACUGGCGUCAGGUAUUACUGGUUUCUGUGCUGUUGCUGUUGCUAUUUUGUGUGGUACUCUGGCCUGUGCACUGUGCAUUCAAAACUGGAAAUCUGCGCUGCAUUAACCGGCCAUCUGUAGUCACUGCCACUGUCACCUCGACUACUGAUUCGCUCUUUCUUGGGCUCCUAGCCAACAAAUAGGGUCAACACUUUGGCCAUGCCAACUAUCCUGCUUGCUCCAUGCAUGG